ACAUAGCCUUUUCAUUUUCCUCUCAAAACCAAACGCACUCUCUCUUUUCUCUCUCUCUCUCUCUCUCUCUCCCAAUUUAAACUUUCAAACGCCCAAACAGAGUGAAUUCAGAUUCAGAUUCGGAAUCGGACUCCAUUUGUCUUUUGAAAUUCGCACGCACGCUCUUCUCUCUGUUCAGCCACUUCCAAUCCCUUGCCGCAGCUGCAGAUCAAAUCGACUUUCACCUGAAUGCUCCUUCUGGACUCGAUUUAGAUCGAGUUCUUCAUACUCUGAUAGUGUGGGAGGAUAUACAUGAAGAACGGGAUGAUAGAAUGCAGUGUUUGCCAUUCCAAAUUGGUUUCCCCAUCCGCCAAAACUAUUUCAAGGGCUUAUGAUCGCCACAAAAGUAGGAUAUCAUCCAAGCAACGUGCACUCAAUGUCUUUUUGGUUGUUGGAGAUUGUAUUCUAGUUGGUUUCCAGCCUAUCCUUGUCUAUAUGUCCAAGGUGGAUGGGAAAUUCAAUUUUAGCCCAAUUAGUGUUAAUUUUUUGACUGAGGUUACAAAGGUUUUCUUUGCUAUUGUUAUGCUUCUUAUCCAGGCUAGGAAUCAAAAAGUUGGGGAGAAGCCUCUCCUCUCACUUUCUACAUUUAUGCAGGCAGCUCGUAACAAUGUCCUUCUGGCAGUUCCUGCACUUCUGUAUGCUAUAAACAACUAUCUGAAGUUUAUCAUGCAGCUGUAUUUUAAUCCUGCUACUGUGAAGAUGUUAAGUAAUUUGAAGGUUUUAGUAAUAGCACUUUUGUUAAAGGUGAUUAUGAAGCGCCGGUUUUCCAUCAUUCAGUGGGAAGCGCUUGCUCUAUUGCUUAUUGGUAUAAGUGUUAAUCAACUAAGAUCUUUACCUGAAGGAACUACAGCUUUGGGUCUUCCUGUCACGAUGGGUGCAUAUCUCUAUACAUUGAUCUUUGUCACCGUUCCAUCAAUGGCCUCUGUUUAUAAUGAGUAUGCUUUGAAGAGCCAAUAUGAUACUAGCAUUUAUCUGCAGAACUUAUUCUUAUAUGGAUAUGGAGCUAUAUUCAAUUUUCUUGGGAUACUUGGGACUGCUAUUGUCAAAGGGCCGAGCAGCUUUGAUAUCCUACAAGGUCACUCAAAAGCCACAAUGUUAUUGAUUGCAAACAAUGCUGCCCAAGGGAUUUUAUCUUCUUUCUUCUUCAAAUAUGCAGAUACAAUUUUGAAGAAGUACUCAUCAACGGUAGCAACAAUCUUUACUGGCAUAGCAUCUGCUGUACUAUUUGGACAUACUUUAACAAUGAACUUCGUUAUUGGCAUUUCUAUUGUAUUCAUCUCAAUGCAUCAGUUCUUUUCACCACUUUCAAAAGUUAAAGAUGAACAGAAUGGUGUGCUGGAACUGCAUGAUGUUCAUGACAGACAAAGGUCAAAGGAAUCCUUUAUAAAUAUGGCAGCUGGAGCAAAUGAGGAGGCUACUCAUCGUGUGGGACAUGACGAGAGACAGCCACUUCUCCCCACCUAGAUUUAUCUACUGAAUUUUCAAUUUUUUUUGGUAACAUUGGACACCCCACACAGUUUAAAGUCAAAAUAAAGUUUAAAAAGAAAGUUAUUUUUGCCUUUCUGGGUUAGCUUUCCUCUGAUGGGAUUCUCUGUACUUGGUUCAUGAAGAAAGGCAUGAAAUCUUGACUUCAGGAGCUGCUGAAGAUUUUGAUAGAGCGUAGAGAAUGGCUUCGCAAGAGCUUUUGGCAUAUCAAUGUGGAUUUUCUUGUACUACAUUUUUUCUUUUUUUAUCUUGGGACAUUUUAUCUCUUUUUUAAUUGUUUCCUGGUAUAUUUACCCCAUCUUGUUCUAGAACUAUCGUGUUAUUAUUUACAUUUAUUACAUGAUUUUGCCAUUUCAUCUUUAUGAGAUUACAGAUAAAUAAACAAAUUGAAUUCCGUUGUAGAUAA